UGAAUCUGACUGACGUCGCCACGCGAGCCAUAGAUUUCUUGUGGCAGACGCCGUUUCUCUGUGAAUGUGACUUAGUAAUUUUUUGAUAAACGUGUUAAUAUUCAUUAAACUUAGUUAAGCUAUUUAAAAAUGGCUGAAAAAUACGACAAAAACGGAUACAAUAGUAGUGAUUUCAAGCGAAAUGCGCCGAUAGAUGAAAGUAUGGAAAAUGAUCCAGAACAAGAUGGCGAGGAUAAUCCAAAAAUAAAUGAAAAAGCCGGUGAAUACAUGAGAGAGUUGUUAAGCGAGAAAAUAAAACUUAAUAAUGCUAAGUUUCCUAUUAUUACAAAACUUAUUGACCAAGAGGUCACAAAAGUACAAGCUUCAGGUCGGAUACCGGGCAAAGACUCCAAAUAUCUAGAUGUCUUCCGUGAAAAACCCACAAAGGUCACCGUUAAGGUCUUAGUUCCAGUUAAGGAGCACCCUAAGUUUAAUUUUGUUGGCAAGCUACUUGGACCAAAAGGCAAUACUAUGAAGCACUUACAGGAAGAAACCAUGUGCAAAAUGGCAGUUUUAGGCAGAGGAUCAAUGCGCGACAGACAAAAGGAAGAAGAACUACGCAACUCCUUGGACCCUAAAUACGCGCACUUAUCGGACGAGCUUCACGUAGAGAUCAGUGCGCUCGCGUCUCCCGCCGAGGCGCAUGCGCGGAUCGCAUACGCUCUUGCCGAAGUUAAGAAGUAUCUGGUGCCCGAUACCAAUGAUAUGAUUUGGCAGACACAGAUGAGGGAUAUUGAGAGGGGUGGUGCAGCGGGUGCCAGACGCGGUCCCCCAGGUGGCUACGGAGGCGCCGGCCGCGGCUUCGGGUUCGAGGCGGGCGCCGGAGCCUCCGCGCCGGGCGGGCCUCGCGCCAGGCCUCGCAUGCCCCCCGCGCCUCCCAUACCUCGCGCCAUGCCUCCUAAGAACAAGGUCAUCAGCAUAUUGGACCGAGCGCGUUCUGCUAUGGAGACCUCGUACCCGUACGAUGAUGUGUACCAACAGAUGCCUGAGCCACCGCAGAUCCGCGGCCCAGUCCGAGGCGCGGCGGCGGAGCCCGACUUCUACUACGAGCGUGGCCACGAUCGCUACUACUCGGACGAGGGCUACGGCUACAAGGAGGACGCGCGCGAGUACAAGUCCGUGCGGGCGGUGGGCACGCGGCGCCAGCACUACGCGCGAGCCGAGCCCUACGCGCGCCCGCCCAAGUAGACACCGAGACUACAAAAAAGCGCUCCCACUAAGUCUGGUGAGUAAAAAGUUGUAUUGGAUCUAAACCCACAAGAUUAAUAAAUAAAUACCGAAAAAUAUAUGAAGACUAAAACGUUAAACGCCGAAGAAAAACAAUACAGCUACCAAGUACACAAAAGUUUACAACUUCAGUAAAACUAAUUAUUAUAAUUAUUUUUGAUGGACCAAAGUACACUCGUACUGUGUAUUUGACAUUGCAAUAAAAAUACUUAAAUGGUAAAAACAUAUUUAAACAAUAUUAUGUUAACAAAAGGAUAAUUUCUUUUAUUUUGUAAUACAGCAUUUAAGCAUGGAAGUGCUGCCAUUAAAACAAAUGUAAAAUGCGUAACCGCAUUCAAGCAGGUCAAAUUUUACAAAACUAUAAUAUGUAAAUUUAAAAAAAGCAAUUUUUAAAAUCUAUGUUAGUAAGUAACUUUUAAUAAUUUUAAUAAUAUUAGUAUACUUAAAACGACUUCAACAUGUUUUGAAUUUAGUAAACGUAACUGCACCUAGUUUUAGAUGACAUGAGAAAGUUGCCAGCCGCAAAAGUUACAAAAGUAUCCAAAAAGGUUUUGCACUUUCUUAAAUAAUUAAGGUAUAAUUAUGAAAACAUGUUGAACAAACAAAAUAUAAAUGUAUUCAAUUUUUGUGUGACUAUGUAAUAAAUAAAAUAACAAAAAUA